UUACAAUGCCACGAGCCUCUAUCCUUGGUCCAACUUUAGUACUAUACUAAAACAAAUCCUCAAAAAUGCGAAGCAAUUUGGAAUCAGAUUUGAAGGAAUUGAGGGAAACUUUUCAUUCCGGGAAAACAAAGGAAUCAUCAUGGAGGAUUUCGCAGCUCCAGGGUUUACUCCAUAUCCUUGAAGACAGAGAAAGUGACAUUUCCAUGGCUCUUAAACAAGAUCUAGGCAAGCAUCACGUUGAAGCCUAUAGAGAUGAGAUUGGUCUAGUGGUGAAAUCUAUAAAUUAUGCUCUUGGAAACUUGAAGCAAUGGAUGGCUGCCAAAAAGGCUAAAUUACCCCUAGCUGCGUUCCCCAGCAGAGCAGAGUUGCUUCCUGAGCCUCUAGGUGUUGUUCUCAUCAUCUCAUCUUGGAACUUCCCCAUUGGGUUAUCGUUGGAACCAAUGAUCGGGGCAUUAGCUGCAGGGAAUGUUAUUGAAGGUGGAUCAGAUAUUGGUGAAAAACUACUUCAACAUAGAUUUGACAAAAUUUUCUUCACAGGAAGUACAAGAGUUGGAAAAACUGUGAUGUAUGCUGCCACACAACAUUUAACUCCAGUAACUUUAGAGUUGGGUGGAAAAUGCCCUGUUGUGGUUGAUUCCUUUUCAACUUCUUGGGACGCUAAAAUAGCGACAAAAAGGAUCGUUUGGGGGAAAUUCGGAGCUUGUGCGGGGCAAGCUUGUAUAGGCGUUGAUUAUAUUCUCAUUGAGAAAAAGAACUUGUCAAAUUUGGUGGAAUUACUGAAAAGAUAUAUCAAGCAAUGUUUUGGAGAUGAUCCAAAUGAAUCUCGUAGCAUUUCUAAGAUCAUUAACAAGAAGCAAUUUUCAAGACUGAAGAGUCUCAUAGAUGAACCGAUGGUCAACUCUUCAAUUGUUUAUGGAGGUUCGUUUGAUGAAGAGAGCUUGUUCUUUGGGCCAACAAUAUUGGUGGAUCCUCCACUUGAUGCUGCAAUUAUGACCGAAGAAAUUUUUGGUCCAUUGCUUCCGAUUAUCACAUUGGAGAGAAUUGAAGAAAGUAUAGAGUUUAUAACAUCAAGGCCUAAACCACUUGCUUUGUAUGCCUUUACAAAAGAUGAAAUCCUUCAUAAAAGAUUGGUUUCUGAGACGUCAUCGGGAAGCAUUAUGUUCAACGAUAUCAUCCUUCAAUAUGCAAUAGAUACAUUACCAUUUGGUGGAGUUGGAGGGAGUGGAUUUGGAAGAUACCAUGGAAAAUACUCUUUUGAAAAUUUUAGUCACGAAAAGGUGGUGAUGACGAGGAGCUUUUUAAUAGAUAUGUGGUUCAGAUAUCCACCAUGGGAUGAUAAAAAGUUGCAAAUAAUCAAGGCUGGCUUUCGGUACGAUUAUCUUGGAGCUGUGUUGAUUGCAUUGGGUUUGAAAAGAAAGGCUUGAAGAUUUACUUUUAGUUAUUAGUGUUUGUCAUAAAACCGGAGUUGUAUAUCUAAGAUUUAUGAAAUCAUAGUAUCAUUUUCUAAUCAUGUCAUUGUAGAGUCAGAGUACGGUUUCUUCGUUUCGUGGAUGUUUUGGGUUAGAACUAAGUUUUUUAGAUUUGAUCUUUGGAGUUUUUCUUGGUUUGUUAUUCAUCAAUGUUUCUUUAGAAUGCACAAAAUUUCAUUAAAUAAGCAAGGUGCUAGAAAUAAAGCAACGUUACAAAGAAGUAAUUCCAAGGCUGGGGG